UUGAGCCUGGCGGGGUGAACAAAGUCGAGCAGCCCGAGGAGAAACCCAGUGUAGCCGCCGGCUCCCUGGAGCUGUAUCCCACAGCCGCCAGCAGUUCCGCCCGUUGGUUUCACGGUACCCAACGCCCUCCGGAGCGGGUGGGCCCGGAAAGAGAUGCCGCUGCCACCGCCGCCACCCUCAGCCCCCUCUCUCCCCGUAGCUUCAGCCAGCGGCCCAACCUCCUCACGCACCGCCGGGUGCACACCGGCGAGCGGCCCUUCCCCUGCGCCCAGUGCGGCAAGAGCUUUAGCCAAAAAGCCAACCUCCUGGCCCACCAGCGCAUCCACGCCGCCGGCGAGAAAGCUCUGUGCGGGAAGAGCUUCCGGCAGAAGCCCAACCUCAUCACCCACCGCCGGAUCCACACCGGCGAGCGGCCCUUCACCUGCUUCCUCUGCGGCCGGAGCUUCAACCAAAAAACCAACCUGGUCACCCACUACCGGGUGCACACGGGAGAGCGGCCCUUCGCCUGCGCCCAGUGCGGCAAGCGCUUCACCCAAAAAACCAACCUGGUGACGCACCAGAGCACCCACACCGACCUGCGCCCCUACCCCUGCGGGCAGUGCCACAAGUGUUUCAAGGACAAGGUCUCCCUCAAAGCUCACCAAAAG